CUUAUGUAUGUAGGUCUAUCUAGCUAGGGUGAGCCAUGGGUAACCUAGGUAAUCUAGAUAGGAUAGUGUUUAAUUAUUAUAUUGAGUUUGGACGUCUAAGUAGGGGGCGUAGGGCUGAGCUGGUACUGUAGGUAGGUAGGUACAUAUGUAGGUCAUAAUCUGGAUGGACAGUAUUUGAGUUGCCCCCUACCUACAUGUAGGUAUGAAGGAGACUCGAUACAAGUAUGGGUCGAAAAUGGGUAUACGGCCGAUUGCCGGUGUUUUUGGCUCUUAUGACAUACCUACCUACUUACUUACCUACCUGCCCUAGGUCUGUACCUAUAUUGUAUGGGGAAUCAAGAUGGAAGUCUCCAUCCUCGACUGAUCCCACUGUGUGCAUUCCCAGUAGCCAGGACAAGUGCUCGUCUAAUAUUGUACUAAGUGUGCUAAGAAGGGUUUAUAGUUAGCACCUAGGAAACCGUAUAACCACUAGUUAGGUACCGUACUAACUAAAUACGCCUUUUCCCGUAUGUGACGAUAUCCUAUCAGACAGUAGCUGGCUACGUAUUUACUACUCAGGUAAUGGACCAUCUACUUAGCUGGUUAGCCAAGAGCUUGGAAAGCUUCACCAGCUAGAACCUUGGUGGGUAGUGGGCAUUUUGGGAUGUCGACAAUCGAGCCAACCUUCUCACCAUGAUGUAUCAAUCUCGUCGAGAUAACGCAGUGCAUGAAUCGGUUGCGCAGAUAUAUCCCAGAUUACAAUGUCGCAUCUAUACCUAGUAUCUGAUCCCUACCAACAAGCAAGUAUCAUGUAUUGUAUCACGAUGGGUUGAACGUCACUUGGGUACAUAGACAAGGUUGUCAGCGGUGAGAUUCUCGACCUAUCACAUCAAAGCGAGCGCAUGGACUAUGUACCAUGGUAUACUAUAAGUUAGUAUCUAGUUAUGUAGCACCUACAUAGUCACAAUGUUACUUACAUAGUAAGGACACGUUCG